AUGCCACGCUCCUUCCUGGUCAAGAAGCAUUUCAAUUCAUCCAAGAAGCCGAAUUACAGCGAGCUGGACACUCAUACAGUGAUUAUAUCCCCAUACCUGUACGAAAGCUAUCCAGUCCCUAUCAUACCACAGCCAGAGAUCCUGAGCUCAGUAGCUUACAAUCCCAUUACUGUGUGGACUACAACUGGGCUACUACCGUCUCCAUUACCCAAUGACCUCUCUCCGCUUUCUGGAUACCCCUCGUCUUUGGGAAGAGUCAGCCCACCUCCACCUUCUGACACCUCCUCCAAAGAUCACAGCGGUUCAGAAAGCCCCAUUAGCGAUGAAGAAGAGAGAAUCCAGUCAAAGCUUUCAGACCCUCAUGCCAUCGAAGCUGAAAAGUUCCAGUGCAGUUUGUGCAACAAGACCUAUUCGACUUUCUCUGGGUUGGCCAAACACAAGCAGCUGCACUGUGAUGCCCAGUCUAGGAAAUCGUUCAGCUGCAAGUACUGUGACAAGGAGUAUGUCAGCCUGGGAGCGCUUAAGAUGCACAUCAGGACCCACACGCUACCUUGUGUCUGCAAGAUCUGCGGCAAGGCUUUCUCUAGACCCUGGCUACUUCAAGGACACAUUAGAACUCACACUGGAGAGAAGCCAUUUUCCUGUCCUCACUGCAACAGAGCUUUUGCAGACAGAUCCAAUCUGAGGGCUCAUCUGCAGACCCACUCAGAUGUGAAGAAAUACCAGUGCAAAAAUUGCUCCAAAACUUUCUCCAGAAUGUCUCUUCUGCACAAACAUGAGGAAUCUGGCUGCUGUGUAGCACACUGAGUCAUGCUGUCAAUGUUUACCUGGACUCAAUGCAUUUCUCCACUUGUGUUCCAAAUGAUAAGUGGAAAUCCAAAGGCGUUUUCUCAUCUAUUUUUCAGCUAACAGCCAAAAAAAAAAAAAUCAAACCAAAAAACAAAGAAACCAAAACACCACCAAACAAGCAAACAAAUGAACUAGUGGAAUAACUUAGAAUGUCAGUAGAAAUGAGCUUUAAGUAGUUUCUGUUCUGCCAUACA